AAAAAAAAAAAAAGGAAAAGUAGGAACAUUUUAAUUUAAUUUCUCGUUUUGAAGUGUUAAUUAUAUUGUGGUUUAUGGUGUAUAUAUAGUUGUUUAUAGUUUACAUUUUUAUUAUUUUAUCUGAAAACCUAGUGGCAGUGACGGAACAUACGAAUCAACAAAUGUCUUUAUUCCCGUAGUGCAGAACACCAGGUGCGCUUUAUUUGCCGGGUCAAACCACACCGUUCCUGAUUAUUAUUAAUAAAAAUGAUAAUAACAAUAUAUUCUUCGUGAAUAAAGAAUCAACUUUUACGUAGACAAAAACCUCAUUACAUUAAUUUUUCAUCAUUUUGUUGACAAAGCUGCGGGAAAGGCAUCAUCGUAGCAGCGCUACAAAAUGACAUUGACUGUAAUAAAAGAAAACUGCUCUCCUUCACUUUUUGAGCUUUUUUAUGAUUAAAUAGAACAAUUUAAUGUAUUCAUAAACGUGCCGGUGUCUACAGUCUACAACAAAAUGUAAUAUUAUCGAUGUCAUUCCAUUGGAAAAGCAUUGCCACCAGCCUCGGGUUUAUCCCUGAAAAAGAGAAGAAAACGAAGUGUCCUUCCGUCCAGACGUGUAGACGCAACACACGUCCUCGAGGAUGUCCUUCCCGCUGGAGCAACGGCGACCUCUGUAUCCACACGAUGGGUGGAUGGUCCACACUGUGAAACUAUCACUUUCAUUUUGAAAGCCCUGCUCGUGUGAAGUUGUGCGUCACUUAGCCCGCCCUUGGUGCUCGAAUCAAGGUCACGUGACCACAAUAGAUCCAUAUCCACUUCUCAGGAAAAGGAAACACAUUUCACAUUUGUUGUUUUGUGUUCGAUUUUCUAGGCGAUUCUUGUUUGCACGUUUGCAUCACCGUACGACGUAAUGCAAAGAAACUUGCUGUUACGUCAUAGCACCGUAAACUCUUUGUAACUGCUGAAGUUGCUUUCUUGAACGUGGUCUAUUCAAGGCGGAAGACGCUGCACGCUGGAAUACAAUUGUUCUCUGCUUUUUUUAAAAAAAAACACUACAAACGGUUUGGAUAUUUACGCAAAAAUGUUACGGUUAUUUAAGUUUUUUAUUCUUCCAAACACCGGAGAACCGUUGAUAACAGUUCCCACCGCUGACUCUGGUUUGUUGUUGAUGAAGGUGCUGUGUGCAGCUGGCCUGCCCUGACGUUCUCCCAGGGUAAGCUGUUUUUUUCUUCGUAGAGGACGUACACGCUGACGGAAGCUGCACAGGCAGCUGCACUGGCCCCCUCCCAUUCAACCCCUGCGAUAUGAGCAGAGGUAGAGGAGGGCCUUCAAAGGAACCCUACCACAGGUACCCUCAACCUAACAUCCAGGCCAAGGAGACUUACAGGCCUGCUCCGACCUCACACUUUGCUCGAGGUGGCCUACAGCAGUUCCCAUAUUUAAGUUGCUACAACAGCCUGGUCCCUCCUGUAGGAUACUCCUCGCACCCAGCUUCCCCUGGUGUCCCCGUCGCCCCGCCUGUUCUCAACCACAAUAGACCCGAUUCCAAAUCUGUGGGUUUCAACAAUUCAGAUCAGAGUCCCCGUCCCAGUCCUGUGUCUAAUUCUUUUCAGGUCCAACAGGCAGAGUUUCUGCGGGGACACUUGUCUGAUGCCCCGAAUUUCAGAACAGGUCUGAGAGGAGGAAGAGGGGCGAGUGUCCCCAGCAGGUCCCCCAGUUCUUCAUAUCAGUCCCAGUCAAGAUACACCAGAUAUCCAAACUCCAACACCGGCUCCAGGAAUAGAUGUGGCUUCAGUCAAGAUCAGCGUACUGCUUUCUCCCCCAGUGGUGAACCUCCACGAGGCACUCAAGUCCACGGUCACCGGGACGUGAACCAUUUACAUGGUCAAAGCAACAGGCAGUACUCCAAAAGGCCGAGGCUCACACAAGGUAACUCUUUGUGUGACAGUUUUCACAGUUUGACCCUGAGUCAGAACAGGCUCAACAAAGAAGAAACAAGAGCUGGGAGACAAUCCAGCAGAUCAUCUUUUUCAGGCGCAAAGAAGGUUACCAUCAUCCUAACACCAGCCCACCAGGAGGAGGUGCACAGAGCAUUGGCUGCUUUGGAACCAGGUGAGAGCAUCUCUGCAAAGGCUUUGGCCAAAAAGCUGCGUCUUCCCAAAAAGAUAGUCAACAAGGCACUCUACGCCUUAGAACGCUCAGCAAAAGCCUCUAAACAAGGAAUCCUCCCCCCUGAAUGGACAGUCUACAGGGAACCUGUUGGAUGUCCAGCCAACUCUGAAGUGAGAAGUCCAGAAUCACAUCAGGAAGUCGCUGGAAAUUCCAAGGCUGAGGUUAAAGUUACAACAGGGGAGAAUAACGGCACAGAGCAGGUCAAAGACGAGGACUCUGACACAGAUUCCACUUCUUCCUACUGCUCUUCUUCGUCGGUGGAAUUCAAAGUGUUCCAGUCUCUUGCACAAGGUCACGGUCAAGAGAGGAAACCUCCCUGCACGGCUGUCUUCACCAGGCAGACGCCACAGCCUUCCACGAUGUCGGACCAAAAGGAACAGAUUUUGCAUUUCCUCUGCGGUUCAGGGGAGGCCACUGCGCUCGUCAUAGCCAAGAAUCUGGGGCUUAAAAAUGCCAAGCACGUCAAUCCGACGUUGUACGCUCUGGAAAAGCAAGGUCAAGUCAGUAAGAACCACGAUGUCACGCCGCACACGUGGGAGCUCUCCACUCACUGCAGAGAAAGAAUGGAGAGGAGCCUCAAAGCAGCGCAGGCCAACCAGGCUGACAUGUGUCGGAUGGAUGUGGCGGUUUCACGAGAGACGCCACAGUCUUCACCGCUAACACUCAUGACGGAUUCUGAAUUGAACACCUUUCCGCUGAAUUGGAAGCCAAAGCCAAGUCACAGCAAAGCAGCAGGGGAAGGAGAUUCCUCCUCCCAGUUCAGGUCACAACACGUCAAAGGCAACGACACAGAGUGGGCCUCUGAUAAUAUUCCUCUGUACCUCAACACCAUUCGCAGAGAGACCGAGGCCGUGAAACAGGCAGCACAGAAUGCCAACUCUGUGGGAACAGUCGCCGUGUCGGUGGCCGCACCGCCGCCGCAGAACCUGCGGGCCAAGUUAGAGGAAGUGAGGCUGAAGAACCCGGUCAGUGGCCUCAUGGAGUACGCCCAAUUUCUGGGCCAGAACUGUGAGUUUCAGCUGCUCGACCAGUCAGGACCGGCCCAUGACCCAAGGUUGGUUUUACAGUUAUUAAGAAUUCAGGAAACACAAGAUGAUGUGUGCUGUGUGCAGCUGGCCUGCCCUGACGUUCUCCCAGGGUAA